GAUGAAACAGCGCCCUUGUGCUUCAUCCAAAAAAUGCAGUCGAUUUAAAAGUGAAUAUAUUUUUUUUUAUCCGCUUGGAAAUCAAUUCUUAUUCAGUUAAAUAGUUAAUUGUAUAUUUUCCGUUUGAAGUCUCUAAAAUAUGCAGGCUUUAGACACUACACAGUUGUGUGUGACCUCAGGAAAGGUUGUCACAGGAUUAGCAGGACACAUCGUGGAGCUGAGGCAGGAAAAAUCAGAAGAGAGAAAAAGCGAAACGCAAAUGGAUAAGCCUUCUAUCCCGUGGCUAAACUAACCAUCUUCACCACCAUGCCACCUCACAGGACACCGGUUUGUUUCUACCAGGACAGCAACCCAAAAGUUCAUUAUCGAUGGUAUGCUUUCAGAAAUUCUUCUCGAGGAUUUUUUUAGCUUUGAUCUGAGCGAGUGUCUCGACAAAGUGCGUCUGAAGCGCAUCUCCGACAUGGAGCACUUCUUCCGGCGCAGCAGAAUCUUAAAGACCUUGCUGAGUUUGACUUUAGUGUUUGCCACUUUGUUGAUGAUCCAAAAGUUCAAAGUGUUGGACAUCCGAAUGAAGGAGGUACGUUUGGAUCUAAAAAGCAGCUGGUGCGCUUCUCUGCAGUGCAAGACUAAAGCUGGGAACGCCUCGGCUCCGGUCAGUCAGAGCGCCCCGGCUGCCUGGAACAUCACCUCGAUUGACUGCGCUGCAGACUCCGGCCUGCGCGCUCACAGCUGGUUUCAGACUCUGGACUCCAGGUUCCAACAGUUUGUCCUGCACAGACACUGUAGGUAUUUCCCCAUGCUCAUUAAUCACCCUGAGAAGUGCGCUGGGGAUGUGGAUCUGCUGAUCGUGGUGAAGUCGGUUAUAGAGCAGCACGACCGCCGCGAGGCUGUGCGCCUCACCUGGGGCAAGGAGCACACCAUCAGCGGGAAAAGAGUCAAAACCCUGUUCCUGCUGGGCACCCCUGCGCCUGGAAAGGACUCCAAAAACCUACAGAAACUCCUAGAGUACGAGGAUAGACUCUAUGGAGAUAUACUGCAAUGGAAUUUCAUGGAUACCUUUUUUAACCUCACAUUAAAGGAGGUCAAUUUUCUGAGAUGGUUCAACAUCUACUGCACAAACGUGGCCUUCAUUUUCAAAGGGGACGAUGAUGUCUUUGUCAACCCAACUAACCUGGUGGACCUAAUAGACUUCCGAACACAGGAGGGCAAAGUGCGAGACCUGUUUGUUGGGGACACCAUUUCAAAAGCAGUGCCUAUUAGGAAUCGCCAAAGUAAGUACUAUAUACCCAAAGAGCUAUUUGAUGAGCCAUAUCCACCCUAUGUAGGUGGUGGAGGGUUUCUCAUGUCCUCUCAGCUGGCACGUAGAUUUUUGGCUGUGUCUGAGAGUGUGACACUUUUCCCCAUCGAUGAUGUCUUCUUGGGCAUGUGCCUUCAGAAGUUAGGGCUGGUACCAGAAAUGCACCCAGGCUUUAAAACAUUUGGGAUCAUGAAGCGCAAGGUAAGCCCGAUGAACAGCGAGCCAUGUUUCUACCGCCACCUCAUUGUGGUGCACAAACUGAGCCCAGAGGAACUGCUGAAGAUGUGGGACACGGUGCACAACAAGAAGCUCACCUGUGCCAGAAAGAGUGUGGACUGACUCCAGAGGUUGCAUGGUCUGUGAAAACCUUGAACACUAGUCAACAGCUUUGUAUUCAUCAUGAUUCAUGAUUUCAUUUGGAUCAAAAGGGUAAUUGCUGGGAACUAGGUGAAAGCAUGCUUCAAUAAUAAUAAUAAUAAUAAUAAUAAUAAUGAUAAUAAUAAUAAUAAUAAUAAUAAUAAUAAUAAUAAUAAUAAUAAUAAUAAUUUCAGUGAAAUUUACCUAAACAUACAAUAUCCUCUGAGGUUAUUUAUAUUAAUAUAAAACUGAGGUUUCUUUUCAGCAACUGAGACACGUUACAGACACACACCCAAACAUGCACAUGUAUUCUAUAUAAAGAACAUCUAACUAGACUGUAUCUUAUCAAUUGCAAACAGUUGCACAUGCGUAAGUUAAACUGCCAAUUAAUAUAAUUCCUGUCAUGUAGUGCGUGAAGUUUAUUUACAUCAGAAAACCAAAGAAAAGCCCUAAAACUUCCCGCUGGAGGUAUUGUAUGGAUGUCAAACAUUAAUUAUGCUUUGUUGCAUAAAAAGCAAGCUAGCUACUUUUCCAGAAAAAAAAAAAACUUAAAAGCCACUUUGUUUUUCUGUGCUGAGCCAUUUUUUUAAUAAUGUUUAAAGAUAAAUAAAGACGAGAAGAAUAUACCAUUCUUUGAAUAAUUACACGGAUGUAUUUAUGUAUUUUAUUUUCAGGUGGUGUUGUUUCAGUUAUAAGGACAAAUGCUCAGAAAAUAGAGAUUGAAUAGCACGCACUAAAAACAAAGCUUUGCAUCUAACAUGCAGCCAGUAAAAUAGCAAAUGAAAUGUAUGGCAUAUUUCUUGCAAAGCAAAUGUAGAUAUAUAUUUGUUAUGCAUUGAUAAAUUGCAUAAAAAAUUGUAAUUGUACUUUUUCACCAGCCUCAUGACAGGACAUCCUGCAAUAACAAGGGUUAAUCCAUUUUCAUCUGAAUGGUCCUUAUUUAACUAUCCCACAUGUAAACUUUGUGGUUGUAAGUUGGGUGUAAAAAGGACGACAUGCUUUCAUUGUGUAUGAAGACAAUGACUUCAUUGGAAUAAUGUGCUUUAGUCAUUUUAUUUAUCAAAACAUAGCUUUUUAGACACAAAACAGGAAAGAUUUUCCACCGGCAUUCGUAUAUUCACAGUCACCAACAGGCUAACAUAACAUUUAUUGGGACCAAUUUAUUAUUUAUACUCUCAAUCAAAUUAAGAAAAUCAUUACAGCAUGUGAAGGCUGUUUCACACAGGAAAAAGAUCAUUAUAAAUGGUCUGUCAUGGUGCAUUUAUGGAAAGAUGUGUUAUGUGUUUACAAUGUAUUCUACUGUACUACUAUAUUUUUCCUGUUACUUGCUCAGUUCUAAUUAGGCAAAAUUAUUGCCUUGAUUACAAAAUAUCAACACAAAGUUUAUUUAAAAGUAUUUUUUAUUCCAUCAAUGACACUUCAACCCAGCAAAAUGAUUCAUAUGUACAUUUUUACUGAAAGACUUUAAGUAUUGAACACUGAAAGACUGUUUUCAUGUUGAUAUUAUAAUAUUCAUGAGCGUUUCACCAUCACUGCAGGCUCCUGUGUGACUCUCAUUUCAGAAUAACAGCAUUGAAAACUCCAGUCAUAUAUAUUUAUAUAUAUGGCAUAUUUUUCAAUAUGAAAAAGGUCUGGUUUUUGCUGACACUGCUUUGGUUAAUAUCUGUUCAUGUGGGGGUUCUAUUACAUUUUAUAUAUUUGGGAAAAAAUCUAUCAGUACUGUCAUUUUCAACUUGAUUGCAGAGAUGGGAUUGAAUCCUUCACCUUUAACUCUCAACUCAAGUCCUAAGGAAUGAUAGCCAUAUGCCGAGUGCUCCUCACUGUAAUACAGCUCAAAUCUGAUAUAAAGAAAUCUAAUAUUUCAGAAAAUCAUUCUAUAUUUUCACAUCCUGUGCACUACAUGUUUGGUUUAGUUAGUAAAACUAUAAUCUGUAGUAUACAUGAUGUGAAAUGUCUUAAAUCUGUAGUUAUUAUUUUUUAGUCCUGGAAGAAUUAAAACUUUAAAAAAAAAAAAUUUAACAAAGUCUCAGGAUUUAAAUGUUCUAAUUCAACAUUAAGUCCCAAGUAACUGAUUAUUUUUCUAUUAAAAAGUCAAGUUUCAAA